ACUUCUUAAAGAAUUGCUUAACAGUAAUGAGAACAACAGACUACCUUAAUAUUUUAAAUGAUCCUCAAGAAAAUGGUAAAAUGUUACAGAAGUUAUACCCAGCUCUUAUAGAUAGAUGGAAUUCUGUAGUUUACAAAUGGUCCGCAAGUGAUGCAGGUUACCCUCCAUUUUCAGUUUUUUGUGAAUUUAUAGAAGUGGAGGCAAAGAAAGCUCGCCAUCCAAUCUCAUCACAAAAUGCAGUAAUGACAAGGAAUCAGAGUCAUAAUAUCAAUGUUUCAAUGAGUAGUAAGAAGGGUAAACCAGAAUUAAACAAGUCUGGGACAAAAAGGUUUGUGACUAACUCAACAGGUGUAAAAGAAACAAAGGUACAUAGAGAUGACAGGGGACAAAGUCCAGACAAACCAUAUUGUAAUUUUUGCAAGGCUGAUCAUGAACUUGAUAAAUGUAAAGGGUUUAAUGGACUUGAUAAUAAGGCAAAAUUUGAAUAUGUCCAAAAAUCAUUUCUUUGUAGGGGUUGUUUAAAACAUGGCCAUAUUGUUAAAAACUGCAAAAGAAAGAAUAUAUGCACAGUAUGUAAGAGACGUCAUCCAACAUCUCUUCAUGAGGCUAUACUUGAAAGAAUAAAAGAAAGGGAAGCCUUACUCAAAAUGUAUAAGGAACAAGGGGCUGGAAAUACAGUAACAUUGUCAAAUGAAACUAAUAUAAAUGAAGACAAGGUAAACUCCAGCAAAGUUAAUGAGGAACUCAAAGAUAGUGCAGUUUCCAAUAAAAUAAAGAUAUUGAGAAAGUCAGAGGAUAUGAUGCAUUCCAUGAUAAUACCAGUAUGGAUACAUCAUGAAAGUAACAUACGUAAAAAGGUAUUGGUUUAUGCAUUAUUGGAUGAACAGUCAGAUGCAUGUUUUAUUAAAGAAUCCACCAUGAAUGAGCUAAACAUUCUAGGCUCCAAGGUACACCUAAAGUUAACAACAGUGACAGGCGAAGAAACAAUUGAAAGUACAAAGACUAGAGGACUAAUAGUAUGUGGUAAAAAUGAAAAGAUAGAGAUUGCACUUCCAGUCACUUAUUCAAGGAAGAAUAUACCAGCCAGACAUGAUCAAAUUCCAAGGCCAGAAAGUGUAGAAGGGUGGCCUCAUUUACAGAGAGUAGCAAACGAAUUGAUGCCAUACGAUAGAAGUGUUGAAGUUGGGCUCCUGAUUGGCUUAAAUUGUAUCCGUGCCAUCAAACCAAGAGAGUUAAUUCCUGGGAAAGAUGACGAGCCUUAUGCAAGGAGAACUUUGCUUGGUUGGAGUAUAAUAGGGAGAGUCAAUGGUGAUUGUCAAGACACAAGUGACUCAGAUUCAGUUCUAGCUAGCAAAGUAAUAGUCAAUAAGGUUAUCAUUAAUGGUGACACAAAAUGUAGCUUUCUUUCCUCACCAACUAAAGUAAAGGAAAUAAUUGAUUUUGCACAAGUUCGAAAAUUGUUUGAGCUUGAUUUCAGUGAAAGGGAGACAGGAAAUGUUCCUUUUUCGUAUCAAGACAAGAUUUUCUUAAGAAAAAUGAAAGAUGGAGUUCAUCAACUAAAAGAUGGGCAUUAUGAAUUGCCACUCCCUCUUAAAGAUGAUAAGGUCAAGUUUCCAAAUAGUAAAGAAUUAGUAAUGUGUAGGUUGAUGAGUCUAAAGAGGAAGCUAAAGCAAAAGAAUGGUUUUCUACAGGACUAUGUUGCCUUUAUGAAAGAUCUCAUAGACAAAGGCUAUGCAGAAGAGGCACCAUACCAGGGUCCAAAUUUCAAUGAUGGAAGAGUAUGGUAUAUACCACAUCAUGGUGUGUAUCAUCCAAAGAAACCUGACAAAAUUAGGGUAGUAUUCGAUUGCAGUGCUGUGUAUAAGAAUGAAUCACUUAAUAAGAGUCUUUUACAAGGUCCGGAUCUGACAAAUAACUUGAUUGGCGUAUUGUGCAGAUUCAGAAAGGAACAUGUAGCAAUUGCAUGUGAUAUAGAAGCAAUGUUCCACCAAGUAAAGGUAAAGCCUGAUCACAGAGACCUACUACGCUUUCUGUGGUGGGAAAAUGGAAAUCCUGAUUCAACUGUCAAAGAAUAUAGAAUGACAGUGCACUUAUUUGGGGCUACAUCUUCUCCAAGUGUAGCAAGUUUUGCACUGAAAGCCACUGCUGAUGAUUAUGCAUGGCAAUGUGGAACAGAAGCCGCCUCCUUUGUUAAAAAUGAAAUUUAUGUAGAUGAUGGGUUAACAUCUUUACCUACAACUGCAGAAGCCAUAGCUUUAAUCAGGAAUAGUAAAGCAUUAUGUUCGAAGGGUGGCUUCAAAUUGCACAAGUUCUUGUCAAAUAAGAAAGAAGUUCUAGAAGCAAUAAGUUUAGAGGAAAAGGCUAAAAGUUUAAAGAACUUAGAUCUCUCUAGUGAAGCCUUACCAAUAGAGAGAACUUUAGGAGUAGAAUGGUGUAUAGAAUCAGAUACGUUCCAGUUCAGAAUUAGUAUUAAUGACAAACCAAUAACUAGAAGAGGUAUAUUGUCAACGGUGAGUUCUGUUUUCGAUCCAAUGGGUAUGGUCUCACCCUUUAUAUUGAUUGGUAAAAGAAUACUUCAAACCUUGUGUCAAGAUGGAGUAGACUGGGAUGAUGACAUAUCAGAUAAUUUGAAACAACAAUGGAGAAGAUGGAGAGAUGAUCUGAUUCAGUUGAAAGAGUUAAAGAUUCCUAGAUGCUACAAGCCUGAUGUGUUUAGAAAGGUCAAAUCAUUGGAACUGCAUCAUUUCUCUGAUGCUAGUCAGCAUGGUUAUGGACAGUGCUCUUAUUUAAGGCAAGUAAGUGAGCAGGGACAAGUUCAUUGUGCACUUGUCAUGUCAAAGUCUAGAGUGACACCAUUGAAGCCCAUAACUGUUCCUAGGUUAGAACUAACAGCUGUAGUCGUAGCUGUUCGAAUUAGCUCUAUGUUAAGGAAGGAGUUAGGUUAUCAGGAAGUAAAGGAAUACUUUUGGACCGAUAGCAAAGUCAUACUUGGCUACAUUUCAAACGAAGCUAAGAGAUUCCAUGUGUUUGUUGCUAACCGAGUGCAGCAUAUUAAAGACCACUCCUCUAUGGAACAAUGGAAAUUUGUUGAGUCAGUUCAAAUCCUGUUGAUUCCACUUCACGUUGAUCCUGUAUGUAAAGAACCUGAUUGAAUUAUAGUGGAAGUGGGGUGUCCCCGCCAAAGAGCCUAUUCAAAUAUCAAAAUUGUAUUGUUCCUCAGUAGUAUAGAUGUUGAUUCCACAUUUGCUCAUAUAAGUACAAUGUAAUUAGAGUUUAAGGUAAAUUGUUCAUACAAUUUAGGGGAGCCAUGUUACUGCAGGGACAAAAUGUAUACUUAGUUAUAAACAAUCAGUUCCUAUGCUUUGUGAUAUUACUAACAUUAGGUUAAGUAUGAAAUAGAUGAGUAUACCCUCAUAUCGUUUUCUAAGGUGUACGACAUCUAUAGGGCAUUUGCAUAACUAAUCAUCAUAAACAUUGGGAGCCAUUUUGUUACUCAGAGAAGCCAAGUGAGGUGUCUGAGUUUAACGGAGAUAAUUGGGAAAUAAUUGGACUAGAAAUGGAUGGUAAUGAAUUGCAUGUAAAAAGAAGAAUUCAAGAUGUAUCGAAGAUGCAAUAAAGUACCACAAAAAGA